AGAAGCACAAAACUUAAGUUUGUUAAGUUGGUUUGUUUUUUUUCGUUUGUUUGUUCUAAUGGAGUUUACAUGGGUUUGGAGGCUCACUUGGACAAGAAGAGAGAGAAGCUAAUUAGGCUAGCUUCUUUCUACCUUCAUUUUUGUUUUCUUUCUUACAUUCUUCUUCUUCUACCUUUUCCUCAAUUCAAUAAAAAAAUUACCAGUUACUUUGGGGCUGGAAGGUAGGCAGUAUUGGCUGUGCUAAUUCAUUGGCAUCAAACAGAUUGUAACUUAUAAUUCUUUUUCCUUUUAUUUUUCCCGACCUUUGGCAUUGUAAACUUUUGCUAAAUGGCUUUAGUUCCUUCUAAAGAGUCCAUUUCACUCGUAAAUGCCAUAGCUGUAGCUAUUGACAAGGACAAAAAUAGCCAACAUGUUGUCCGAUGGGCUAUUGAUCAUCUUAUAAUCAAUAAUCCUGUUAUCAUCCUUGUUCAUGUCAGACACAAGAACCACCAACAUCAUGCUAACAAUGGGAAUGAUGUUGAUUCCGAUGAGGUGCAACAACUUUUCGUUCCUUUUCGUGGAUAUUGUGCUCGUAAAGGGGUACAGUUAAAGGAAAUUAUACUAGAGGAUAAUGAUGUUGCACGAGCACUUCUAGAUUAUAUCAGCAAAAACUUUCUCGGGAGUAUUGUUGUUGGUGCUUCAACAAGAAACGCUUUUACCAGGAAAUUCAAGAACCAAGAUGUACCGAGUAGCUUAAUAAAGUCUACACCAGAUUUCUGUUCUGUUUAUGUAAUUUCAAAAGGAAAGAUAGCGUCUGUGCGAACAGCGCAACGACCUGCUAAUAAUCCUCCCAUUCCACCAAAGGUACCUAAUAUGCUAGCUCUUCCAGGUCCAACCCCACAUGAUCAUUCUGAUUAUUAUGAUGAUGGAAUCAGAGGACAUUCUGUGAGAGGAUAUUAUAAAAAUCAAGGAUCAGAAAGAUUUCCUUAUGAAAGAAGCAAUGAUCCCAUGAGAGGGCAAUUAAUUCGCGACAGAACCAGAACUCCGUCCAAUCUUUCAAUGGAUAGCAUUGACAUUUCUUUCCCAGGAGGAGCAGCGCCAAGAAUCUCAACUAGCCGAGUUUCUACAUAUGAGGAUCAUGAUUUCUCAUCUCCAUUUGCGCUAGGAUCCAUAGACAUUUCAUCCCAGAAUCCAGACUUUUCUCUCGGGUCGCCCAAGGAUCUGGCUGCCUCACAAGCUGCACGAGACAUUGAAGCCGAGAUGAGAAGACUAAGGGUUGAACUUAAGCAGACCAUAGACAUGUAUAGCACAGCUUGCAGAGAAGCACUCACAGCAAAAAAGAAGGCUAAUGAGCUACAUCAAUGGAAAAUGGAGGAGGCUCGUAGAUUCGAGGAAGCUAGGCAUGCUGAAGAGGCAGCUCUUGCAAUUGCAGAAAUGGAAAAGGCCAAGUGCAAAGCUGCUAUAGAAGCAGCUGAGAAAGCACAGAGGCUAGCAAAAAUGGAAGCACAGAAAAGAAAAUACGCAGAGUUAAAAGCUAAGCGAGAGGCAGAAGAGAAAAAUCGUGCAUUGACUGCUUUGGCACAUAAUGAUGUUCGAUACAGAAAAUACACAAUUGAGGAAAUAGAAGACGCUACAGAAAAAUUCUCACAAUCAAAUAAAAUUGGUGAAGGUGGAUAUGGACCUGUGUAUAAAGGCACACUUGACCAUACAGCAGUUGCUAUCAAAGUUUUAAGACCUGAUGCUGCUCAAGGGAAGAAGCAAUUCCAACAAGAGGUUGAGGUUCUAAGCUGCAUUAGACAUCCACACAUGGUGCUUCUUCUUGGUGCCUGUCCAGAGUAUGGGUGCUUGGUUUAUGAAUACAUGGACAAUGGUAGCUUGGAAGAUAGGUUACUUCAAAGAGACAACACACCUCCAAUUUCAUGGAGGAGAAGAUUUAAGAUUGCAGCAGAGAUCUCAACUGCGCUUCUAUUCCUGCACCAAGCAAAGCCUGAGCCUCUAGUCCACCGCGAUCUCAAGCCAGCCAACAUCCUCUUAGACCGUAACUAUGUGAGCAAGAUCAGUGAUGUUGGGUUAGCACGGUUAGUCCCGCCAUCUGUAGCUGAUUCUGUUACACAAUAUCACAUGACUUCAGCUGCAGGUACAUUUUGUUACAUAGAUCCUGAGUAUCAGCAAACUGGGAUGCUAACUACGCGAUCAGAUAUAUACUCACUAGGGAUCUUGUUGCUUCAAAUUAUCACUGCCAAGCCUCCAAUGGGCCUUGCUCACCAUGUGGGGAAGGCUAUUGAAAGAGGAACAUUUGAAAAGAUGCUCGACCCCUCAGUGGUAGACUGGCCAGUUGAAGAGGCGUUAAACUUUGCUAAGUUGGCAUUGAAGUGUGCUGAACUAAGAAAGAAGGAUAGGCCUAAUCUUCUAACUGUUAUAGUGCCAGAGCUUAGCAGGAUAAGAGAUCUCGGGAAGAAUGUUGAUCCACUUGGAAAUAGUGAUCAUCCUCGAAAUUAUGCUCACAGUAAUAGAAAUCGUGGUCACAGCCCUUUACUGCAUUCUUCCCCAGCUGCACAUCCAAUGACAUCAAACGAAAUGGUAUGUAGAACGCCUGACUCAGCAGCAUUAUCUAAUACAAGAGAAGAUGAAAGUGGUAAAGGUUCAGGAUGACCAACAGACAUGCUUAACAGAAACAAUAGUGGAAAGCUGCCUGCCUGCAAAACAAUAGUUAGAGUUUUCUUAUGAAUCAUUGAUUAUCUUAAAGUAGUAAGGAUGAAUUUAAUUUAAGAAAAUCACACUGUGUGCUUGCAUUCUAUAACUAAACACAUAUAUAUACUCUCUCAUACAAAAUACACAUUGAUUUUCUAAAGUUACAACAUAAUAAUACAAUUUGGGUGUGGCAAUCUAAAAUAGUGAUAUUUGAGUAAGAAGGUUGGGUAAGAAAAGGUAGCAAUUCAACUUUAAAACUAUAAAUCAAUACUGGAAGAAAGAAAAAGUGAAAUACAAUUCUAUGAAAGUCAAAAUUUGAUGACAGCUAUAUUAAGCUUGAUAUAUAUAUCUUUAUGUGAAAAUUCCCUUUAUCUAACUAAUUUUGACAUGGCAUGUGACACAAAAGAUUGCAAAAUCUUGGAAGAAAAAAAAAGGCCAUAUAGAGCAAAGUUGCUCAACUAUAAACUAUUCUCACCUAUACUUUAAAUUUUAAUGCCUAAUCAAAGAAUAGACCCUUUGCAUCAAAAUGGUCCAAACUCUUAAUGGUGUUUGUCACCACUGCACCUUUUAGGAGAAACUUGUGGAACCACACGUGUGACUAAAAUAAGUUGCAUUCAAAGUUAUUAUUAUUAUUGUAGGAUGACGCACUUAAAGAUACAUUAGAAUCAUCAUAUUUUUGAAGGAGAUUCCAUUUUUAAUUAAAAUUAUUCUAAUCUAAUUCAUAAAUCAAAGUAUGCAAAAAGUAAAACCUUAUUCC